ACUUCACCAUAUUUAAUGAUAUUGCUUUUUCUAUUUCUGUUAGAACUGGCUCCAUCCUGUCAUCGAAAGCUGAAAUCUACUCUAAAGGAGAAAUUUCAGAAAAUUAAUGAAGGAAUCUCAGAUCCUGGAACCUCAACCCUUCUGAAUGAGAUCUACACAGAGCUGUACAUCACAGAGGGAGGGAGUGGAGAGGUCAAUAAUGAACAUGAGGUCAGACAGAUUGAAGCAGCAUCCAGGAGACCAGCAACACAGGAGACACCCAUCAAAUGUAACGACCUCUUUAAAGACCAGUCCAUCAGAACUGUGCUGACUAAAGGAGUUGCUGGAAUUGGAAAAACAGUCUCUGUGCAGAAGUUCAUUCUGGACUGGACUGAAGGAAAAGCCAAUCAGGAUGUUCCCUUCAUAUUUCCACUUCCUUUUAGAGAGCUGAAUCUGAUGAAGGAGACGAAGCUUAGUCUGGUGAAUAUCCUUCAGUGCUUCUUCCCAGAAACACAAGAUUUAAAAACAAGACAUUAUAAGAGCUACAAGAUCAUGUUCAUCUUUGAUGGUCUGGAUGAAUGUCGACUUCCUCUAGAUUUCCAGAACAAUAAGAGAGUAUCUGAUGUAACACAGUCAGCCUCAGUGGAUGUGCUGCUGACAAACCUCAUCCAGGGGAACCUGCUUCCCUCUGCUCUCCUAUGGAUAACUACUCGACCAGCAGCAGCCAAUCAGAUCCCUCCUGACUGUAUUGAUCAGGUAACAGAGGUACGAGGGUUCAGUGACCCUCAGAAAGAGGAAUACUUCAGGAAAAGGAUCAGAGAUCAGAGCCUUGCUGAAAGAAUCAUCACAUACAUGAAGUCCUCCAGAAGCCUCUACAUCAUGUGCCACAUCCCAGUCUUCUGCUGGAUCUCAGCCACUGUUCUAGAGAGGAUGUUGGGUGAAGCAGAGGGAGGAGAGAUCCCCAAGACUCUGACUCAAAUGUUCACACACUUCCUUAUCUUUCAGAUCAAACACCGCAGCCAGAAGUACCAAAGAAAAAGUGAUCUUAAACAGACUAGAAAGAUUAUUCUGGCUCUGGGAAAACUGGCUUUCCAACAGCUGGAGAAAGGAAACCUGAUCUUCUAUGAGGAAGAUCUGAGAGAGUGCAGCAUUGAUGUCAGAGAAGUGUCCGUGUACUCAGGAGUGUGCACCCAGAUCUUCAGACAGGAGUUUGGACUUCACCUGGGGAAGGUUUUCAGCUUUGUGCAUCUGAGUGUUCAGGAGUUUCUGGCUGCUUUAUAUGAGUUUCUGUCCUUCAUCUCCAACAACAGAAAUGUGCUGCAACACCAACACAGUGGAUUUGGUUUCUACAAAAAAGGAACAAUGUCUGACUUCCUGAAGAGAGCCGUGAACAAGGCCUUACAGAGUGAGAACGGACACCUGGACCUUUUCCUCCGAUUCCUUCUGGGUCUCUCACUGGAGUCCAAUCAGACUCUCUUACGAGGUCUUCUGAUACAGACAGAGAACAUCUCUCACAGUAAAGAGAAAGUAGUGAAGUACAUCAAGCAGAAGAUCAGGGAGAAUCCCUCUCCAGAGAAAACUAUCAGUCUGUUCCACUGUCUGAAUGAACUGAAUGAUCAUUCUCUAGUGCAGGAAGUCCAGAAAUACCUGAACAGAGGACGUUCCAGUGAUCUCAGUAGAGUUACUCUCUCUCCUGAUCAGUGGUCAGCUGUGGCGUUUGUGAUGCUGAAUUCAGAAGAGGAGCUGGAUGAGUUUAAUCUGUGGAAAUUUGAGACUUCAGAGGAAUGUCUUCUGAGGUUGAUGCCGGUGAUUAAAGUGUCCAGAAGAGCUGAGCUGUAUGGGUGUAAUCUAUCAGAUAAAAGCUGUGCAGAUCUGGCCUCAGCUCUCAGCUCAAACUCCUCAACUCUGAGAGAACUGUACCUGAGUAAUAAUAAACUGCAGGAUUCAGGAGUGAAGCUGCUCUCUGCUGGACUGAAGAAUCCACACUGUAAACUGGAGACACUGUGGCUGAUCAACUGCAGUAUUACAGAAGAAGGCUGUGCUGCUUUAGCUUCAGCUCUGAAAUCAAACCCCUCACACCUGAGAGAGCUGAAUCUGAACCUCAAUAAUCCAGGAGAGUCAGGAGAGAAGCUGCUCUCUGAUCUACAGGAGGAUCCUCACUUUAAACUGGAAAAACUAGACUUCUGAAAACCUGACCUGCUCUUAUUGGACAAUCUGGGCUCUUCAUCAGCUCUUCAUUCAGCACUUCUGUGGAGUUUAGAAGCUUCCAAAAUGUAAAUAUGAGCUGAAGUGAGAUCCGGCUGUUCAGCAGCUGGAAUAGCUGAACUAAACAGUAACAGAUCAUUAUCAGAACAGCUCUAAUCUUCUUAUCAGAGUGGAAAUAGAACCUUGUUGAUUUCUAUAUUGUGGAGUUUAGUAGGAAAGUGGGAGCCUUGUCUGUCAAAAACUGAAAUUUUCACAGAUGAUAUUUUGGUUCCAGAAGAUUCUUAAUUUCUACUGAAAGUCAGUGAGAGGUAGAGCAGCAUUUUCAGACUCUUGGGUAAAUACCCCAAGCUCUAAAUCAUUGGCUGUGCUAAAAUGUGGUGUGGAAUCUGGUUUAGAGAGAUCUGAAUCUACACAUACAGUAUAGUACACUUUUAUAUUCUGUAUAGCAGGCAGAGCAGUGAGGGUUAACCAGUCGACAUUGAUCAGUUCAGCACUGUCUUAUACUUUUAUCAUGUUGUUUAAAUUAAUUAGAAAUGUGUUGAAACCUUUAGAAGUUGUAUAAACUCUAUCCAAACUUUUACAGAGCCUUAAAAUGUGUUUUAUUUGCUUUUAAGCACUUCUAACCAGAAACAGGAGCUGGAAAUUAACUUCAGCUAGAAUUUUCUAUAUACAUUACAUAACUUGUAUUUUGUGUAACAGUGUUUAUCUGCAUUGUCCCUGUAAAAUAUGUAAAUAAA